UCUUGGCUUUCUGCAACUUUGAGUUGUUCCGAAAUGGCUGAUCAAAUUCCAUUCGGUGUUGUGGAGCACAUUUUGAGCAAGUUGGGGUCCAAGGCGUUUCAAGAAAUUGGAUCCAUGUAUGGUGUUUCAAAGGAGAUGACCAAGCUCAAUGGGAAACUGGGCACCAUCAAGGCUGUGCUUUUGGAUGUUGAGGAGAAGCAGCAGCAGCAGAGCAAUCGUGCAGUCAAAGAUUGGGUCCGGAGGUUCAGAGGUGUUGUUUAUGACGCAGAUGACUUGCUGGAUGACUAUGCAACCCAUUAUCUUCAGCGAGGAGGAUUGGCAAGGCAGGUCAGUGACUUCUUCUCAUCUGAAAAUCAAGUUGCUUUUCGUUUAAACAUGAGUCAUAGACUCAAGGAUAUCAAAGAAAGGAUAGAUGAUAUUGCAAAAGAAAUCCCCAUGUUAAAUCUGACUCCACGGGACAUAGUAAUACACACACGGGAAGAGAAUAGUGGGAGAGAAACCCACUCAUUCUUGUUGCCGUCUGAAAUUGUAGGAAGAGAAGAAAACAAAGAGGAGAUAAUAAGGAAGCUGUCAUCUAACAAUGAAGAAAUUCUUUCCGUUGUUGCCAUUGUUGGCUUUGGGGGAUUGGGUAAGACCACCCUCACUCAAUUGGUAUACAAUGACCAAAGAGUAAAACAUUUUAAGCAUAAGACAUGGGUUUGCAUUUCUGAUGAUUCUGGUGAUGGUCUUGACGUCAAACUGUGGGUCAAAAAGAUUUUAAAAUCUAUGGGAGUUCGGAAUGUGGAGAGUCUGACCUUGAAUGGUUUGAAAGACAAGCUUCACGAAAAAAUAAGUCAAAAGAAGUACUUGUUAGUACUUGAUGAUGUUUGGAACGAAAAUCCGGGAAAAUGGUAUGAAGUGAAAAAAUUGUUGAUGGUUGGUGCUAAAGGUAGUAAAAUUAUAGUAACCACCCGAAAACUUAAUGUUGCAUCCAUUAUGGAAGAUAAGUCUCCCGUUAGUUUGAAAGGUCUAGGAGAAAAGGAGUCUUGGGCUUUAUUUUCAAAAUUUGCAUUUAGAGAACAGGAGAUUUUGGAGCCAGAAAUUGUAGAAAUUGGAGAAGAAAUUGCAAAAAUGUGCAAGGGAGUUCCUCUCGUUAUUAAGUCUUUAGCAAUGAUAUUGCAGUCUAAAAGAGAACCGGGGCAGUGGUCGUCUAUUAGAAACAAUAAAAAUUUGCUGUCACUUGGAGAUGAAAAUGAGAAUGUUCAAGGGGUGCUGAAAUUAAGUUAUGAUAAUUUGUCAACUCAUUUGAGACAAUGUUUUACAUAUUGUGCUUUAUUUCCAAAAGACUAUGAGAUUGAGAAAAAGUUGGUGGUACAACUAUGGAUAGCACAAGGUUAUAUUCAAUCUUCAAAUGAUAAUAAUAAGCAAUUAGAGGAUAUAGGGGAUCAAUAUUUUGAGGAAUUAUUGUCAAGGUCAUUGUUGGAGAAGGUGAGAACCAAUCCUUUUACUAAUACAUUAAUGUAUAAAAUGCAUGACCUUAUACAUGAUCUUGCACAAUCAAUUGUACGAUCUGAGAUCCUUAUUUUAAGAAGUGAUGUAAAUAACAUUCCAGAAGAAGUUCGUCAUGUAUCAUUGUUUGAAGAGGUAAAUCCUAUGAUAAAGGCUCUAAAGGGAAAACCCAUAAGGACCUUUCUAAACCUUGGUGAACAUUUUUUUAAGGAUAGUACAAUUGUAAAUUCCUUUUUUCCGAGUUUUAUGUGUUUACGUGCAUUGAGUUUAAGUCGUAUGGGUGUAGAGAAGGUGCCAAAGUGUUUAGGCAAAUUGAGUCAUUUAAGGUAUCUUGAUCUUUCCUACAAUGAUUUUAAGGUACUUCCAAAUGCUAUUACAAGGUUAAAGAAUUUGCAAACACUAAAACUCAUAAGGUGUUGGAGUUUAAAAAGAAUUUCAAAGAAUAUAGGAGAAUUGAUCAAUCUUAGACACUUGGAGAAUAGUGGAUGUGAUGACUUGACUCAUAUGCCACAUGUAAUCGGCAAGUUGACUUUACUUCAAAGUCUACCAUUGUUUGUGGUUGGGAAUGACAUAGGGUUAAGGAAUCACAAAAUUGGUAGCUUGAGUGAAUUGAAAGGCCUUAACCAACUAAGAGGAGGGUUAUGCAUAAGUAAUCUUCAAAACGUGAGGGAUGUUGAACUGGUAUCCAGGGGAGAAAUUUUGAAAGGAAAACAUCUUCAGUCCUUGAGAUUGCAAUGGAAUCGGUGGGGCCAAGAUGGGGGGUAUGAGGGUGAUAAGUCAGUGAUGGAAGGCCUUCAACCACACCAACACCUAAAGGAUAUCUUUAUAAAAGGUUAUGGAGGUACGGAGUUUCCAAGUUGGAUGAUGAAUGAUGGGUUGGGUUCCCUGUUUCCCUACCUAAUUAAAAUUGAAAUUUCGGGAUGUUCAAGAUGCAAAAUUCUGCCACCCUUUUCUCAACUCCCUUCUCUCAAGUCUUUGAAUCUUGAUGAUAUGAAAGAAGCGGUGGAGUUAAAGGAGGGUUCAUUAACAACGCCACUCUUCCCAUCUCUUGAAUCGCUCCAACUCUCUUACAUGCCAAAGUUGAAGGAAUUGUGGAGGAUGGACUUACUAGCAGAGGAAGGUCCUUCAUUUUCUCAUCUUUCGAAGUUAUAUAUUUAUGAAUGCUCUGGUUUGGCAUCCUUGGAACUUCAUUCUUCUCCUUCUCUUUCUCAAUUAGAGAUCAGAAAUUGCCAUAACUUGGCAUCCUUGGAACUGCCGUCAUCUCUUCGUCUUUCUCAAUUAGUGAUCAGAAAUUGCCCUAACUUGGCAUCCUUGGAACUGCAUUCUUCUCCUUGUCUUUCUCAAUUAGAGAUCAUCGAUUGCCAUAACUUGGCAUCCUUGGAACUGCAUUCUUCUCCUUCUCUUUCUGAAUUAGAGAUCAUCGAUUGCCAUAACUUGGCAUCCUUGGAACUGCAUUCUUCUCCUUCUCUUUCUGAAUUAGAGAUCAUAAAAUGCCCUAACUUGGCAUCCUUCAAUGCGGCAUCAUUACCUCGUCUUGAGGAACUAAGGCUGCGUGGAUUCAGAGCAGAGGUACUGAGGCAGUUCAUGUUUGUCUCUGCUUCUUCUUCAUUGAAGUCUCUGAGUAUAUGCGAGAUUGAUGAUAUGAUAUCUCUCCCAGAGGAGCCGCUUCAAUAUGUUUCCACUCUCGAAACUCUCUAUAUUGUUAAGUGCUCUGGUUUGGCAACAUUACUACACUGGAUGGGCAGCCUUUCCUCGCUUACGGAACUUCUUAUUUAUGACCGCUCUGAAUUGACAUCACUGCCAGAAGAGAUCUAUUCCCUUAAAAAACUGCAGACAUUUUAUUUCUGUAAUUAUCCACACCUAGAGGAAAGAUACAACAAGGAAACAGGUAAAGACCGGGACAAGAUUGCUCAUAUCCCAGAUGUUUGUUUCAACAGUGAUUCCUAUAUGCUAAUGAAGGUAGGUCCGAAAUCCCUAACCUUUCUUCCCAUUUUUAUUAUUUAA